ACAAAGAACUAGUACUAGUCAGUUAAUAGUAGCCAUUGCCACUGCCAACCAAGUGCGGGUAUAAAAGCCACACGCGUGUGUAAAGUACUAAAAGCACGUACAAUUUUCUUCCUACAUCCAAUUUUCUUUAAAGAAGAAAGAGAUUUUUGAUUCAGCAACAUGGGUUGGAGAGGAUUAUUGGGUUUUGAAUAUGGCAUAAUUCAGGCACCACUAGGUCCUGAUAUCUCUGGUCCUCAACUUGUUGCUGCUGUUGCCAAUGCUGGCGCUCUUGGCCUUCUCAGGGCCCCUGAUUGGGAAUCACCGGAUUACUUGAGGGAGCUUAUUAAGCAGACCAGGACCUUAACUGAUAAACCCUUUGGGAUUGGUUUAGUUCUAGCUUUUCCUCAUGAGGAGAACUUGAAGGUCAUUCUUGACGAAAAAGUUGCAGUAUUGCAAACUUAUUGGGGUGAUUGUACAACGGAAUUGGUUGCUAAGGCUCAUUCAGCUGGGGUCAAAAUUGUUCCACAAGUCGGAAGUUUCGAAAGUGCAAAACAGGCAAUUGAUGCAGGUGCCGAUGGAAUCAUUCUGCAAGGACGUGAAGCAGGUGGUCAUGUUAUUGGUCAGGAUAAUUUAAUUUCAUUGGUGCCGAGGGUGGUCGAUCUUGUUGGGGACCGUGAUAUACCUGUUAUUGCAGCUGGAGGAAUUGUAGAUGGUCGUGGUUAUGUUGCUGCUCUAGCACUUGGUGCUCAAGGCGUCUGUCUAGGCACUAGGUUUCUUGCAACUGAAGAAAGCAAUGCUCAUCCUAUAUACAAAAGAAAGUUAGUUGAACUCAAUGAAACUGAGUACACAGAUGUAUUUGGCAGGGCAAGGUGGCCCGAUGCACCACAUCGUGUCCUACAGACACCCUUCUUCAAAGACUGGAGAUCCCUUCCAGCUCAUGAAAGUGAAGCCAACCAACCUGUCAUUGGCCAUUCAACAAUUCAUGGAGUGGAGAAAGAGAUACGUCGUUUUGCCGGUACAGUCCCAAACAUGACAACUACAGGUGAUCUUGAGAGCAUGUGUAUGUAUGCUGGCCAAAGUGUUGGUCUCAUCAAGGAAAUUUUGACUGCUGGUGAAGUGAUUAAGAGACUAGUUGAAGGGGCUCAACAUAUAAUACAGCAAAACUUCAAGUAGAAUCUCAAAUUUUAAGUGAAUCAAGAACAAAUGGAAUGGAUUCUUUGUUUCAUUCCGUUCUAUUCAUUUUAAAAUAUCCAAACAUUUAUGUAUGUGUAUUUGAGAUGCAACCGGAGGUUAUGUGCUUGGUAGAACAACAUGGUUUGCACCACUGUGUUCAGUAGAUAUUGACAAGGCUUUAGGACUUCGUGACGCGCUGCAGUGGGUAGCUGACCUCGGUAUGGACAACAUCGACUUCUCUCUGGAUUCAAAGCUCGUCGUUGACGUUGUCAGUAGUAAUAAUAGUAGCAACACUGAUUUUGGAAGUAUCAUUAACUAUUGUAUCAGCUACUUAGUACUCAUUUUACCAAUUCUAAGGUAGAGUUUAACAGGAGGCAAGCAAAUGGAAUGACUCAUGGAUUAGCACAGACAACCACGUUAGAAGCUAGUUCCCAAUUAUUUAUUGAUCUACCGCCUUGUAUCAAUAACUUGUUAUCCAAUGAAAUAAGAUGAAUUGUCUCCUCUAA